CUUGGGCCUCCAGCAGUAGCAGAUAUCAUCCUGUCCACCUUCAGGGUGGAAGGACAGAUGGCCCGCUCGCCUAGCGGAGAGGAGGAGAGCGCGCAUACACCGGGCUUGCCGUGUGCGGACGAUCAGAGCACUGGGAAGAAGGAAUUCUAGCUGAGUGUGGUAGCGCAUGCCUGUAAUCCCAGCAGAUCGGGAGGCUGAAGCAGAGGAUCAAAGCCAGCCCCAGCAAAAGUGAGGUGCUAAGCAACUCAAAUACAUGAGGAUGCGGUAUGAAGGCAGCCAUCUGUAAGUAAAGAGUGCUCAUCAGGACCUCAGUCAGCAAGAACCCUGAUCCUGGACUUCCUUAUCUUCAGAACUUUCUUUUUAGGCAUACAUGACGACGGACACAACGUCUUUGUUUGUAUGUGGUGCUAAGGAUCAAACCCGGGCCGCACGCAUGGCAGAAUAUUUUCGGCAUUAACUAAGAAACAAAGGCUAACAUUAGCUGCUUCUGUGUUAUCCCUGCUACCUCAAUCCUAAAGUGCUUGAUCUACUGACACCAACCAGGAUGAAUGGCUCAGAAGGUAAAAUUGGACGGAAACACUUACAGGUCUUCGGGGAUUUCCCAGGUCAUGCCCUCCCUGGAGUCUUCUUCUUUGUCUUCGGUCUUUGGUGGAGUACAAAGAGUAUUUUGAAGUAUGUCUGCAAAAAGCAUAAGCAGACCUGCUACCUUGGAUCCAAAGCAUUAUUCCAGCGAUUAGAAUUUUUGGAGGGAAUUGCAAUAGUUACCGUGACAUUGAUUGGUAUAAUUAGUCUACAGUUUUUUGCUGAAGGGCCCCACCUGAUCAUACACAACGAAAUCCCAUGGAAACGAGUGCUGCGUUUGCAACACUUGACCCUAUAUUCCUUCUUUGGACUGCUGGGUGUGGCCUGCAUCUUAUGUUCCACCGUCAGUUCAAUUCCAGUCUCCUUAAUCAAGUUAAUGAUGUCAAAUGCCUUCUUUGUGGAGUCUUUUAUCUUCUACAACCACACUCAUGGCCGGGAAAUGCUGGACAUCUUUGUGCACCAGCUGCUGGUCCUCGUCAGCUUUUUGACAGGCCUGAUGGCCUUUAUCGAGUUCCUCACACAGAAAAAUAUACUUCUGGAGCUCCUGCGGUCAAGCUUCGUCCUGCUACAGGGAUGCUGGUUCUGGCAGAUUGGUUUUGUCCUGUUUCCCCCUGGUGGACGUACUGCAUGGGAUCUGCUAGAUCAUAACAACAUCAUGCUUCUUGCCGUAGGCAUUUGUUGGCUUUACGCAUUGGCCUUCAUUGUCAUUGGAGCGAAUUAUGCUUUUAUCACCUGGUUGGUGAAAUCUAGACUUAAAAAACAGUGCCCUUCAGAAGUUGGACUCCUAAAAAAUGUUGAACAAGAACAAGAAUCAGAAGAGGAGAUGUGAUUUUUGAUGGUAAUUUAGUCUAUCUAGAUAAACCUAUUCACUUUUGCAUUGUCUUUGCUCAUGGUUUUGUUUCUUGACCUUUUAUUGGAGAUCAACAGGCAGAGGAUUUUAAUUUAGUUAAAGUUUGGGAGUUUUAAUACUUUAACUUUGAAAAUACUUUGGGUGGUAAGUUCAUUUGUACAUCAUGCACAUGAUGGUAUUCAGGGACUAGAGUGACUUUUCUCACAUCAUGUAUCAUUUGAUGUCCAUAAUAUGAAACAUACUGGCUUUAUUUGCUUGUGGAUAUGUUCAGGGUUCCUUUCUUGCUACCAUUUCUAACUCAUUGAACAAAGAACUAUAAAUGUUUAUCUUGUUUCUGCAAUGAGAAAUAAAUAAAUGCAUGUACCUCAAA